AUGUGUGACCGCCACGUCGCCGCGGCUCACUAUGAUGAUGAGAAAGCCCUAAGAACCGCCCUGCUGGACAACUACGAGCCGGCGAUCCGCCCUGACAGAAAGGUCACGGUCACUGUCAGCCUCAGUUUGCUCAGUGUCAACGUCUUGGAUGUGCCCUUGCAGCGACUUUCUGUGUCAGGCUGGCUUUCUUUUACCUGGCACGACCCACGACUCUCCUGGGACCCCGUCUCGUUCGGAAACAUCACCGACAUCUUUGACACAGAGUUGGUUUUCUGGAGGCCAGAAAUAAUCGUGGAUAAUUCCGUCAACAACCUGGGCAUCCUCGAGAGCGACAAGCUACUGAUUAGAGCCACAAGCCAGGGCAAUAUGACCUGGGAGCCGCCGGGAAUCUUCGAGACUCACUGUGACGUGGAUGUGACCUUCUAUCCCUUCGAUGCCCAGGUCUGCGUGGUGGAGGUCACCAGCUGGGCUCAGACCAUGCAGCAGAUCGACCUGUACGCCAGCAGUAGCAAGAUUGACCUGGCCGACUAUGAAGAGAGCGGGGAGUGGGAUGUUCUCGGCUCCUGGACAGAUAGAAGACUGCUGACCGAUGGAGCCGACACACACUCAGAAGUGACAUUCUCCAUCAAGCUGCUGAGGAAGCCCAUGUAUUACGUCACCACCAUCCUCAUCCCCGUGAUGGUGACCUCCAUCUUGUGUAUCGUUGUCUUCCUACUUCCGGCUGAGUCCGGGGAGAAGGUGGGCUACUCGCUGACCAUCCUGCUGACCUACACGGUGAUGUUGACACUUGUGGCCAGCUACAUGCCGCCAACCAGCAAACACACUUCUGUUCUCAGUGUCUACUUGACCAUCAUUUUGUUUAUUGGUGUGUUCACCACUCUGAUCACGGUCGUGGUGCUACACCUCCACCAUCGCUCACGGAAGAAACUAGUCCCCACGUGGCUUCACUUCCUUGUAAGGACAUGCAUGCUGCCUCUCACAAGCUGGCGCCCCCGCCAUCUCAGCGACAAUGACCCUGUGCCUAAAGGUCAUGUCCACGGUCAGCCACAACUCGAGCAGCAGCAGCAGCAGCAGACGAUGGCUCCUGGGUCUAGAAGCCGGGUAUUCAACACAUAUGAUGGCUGCAGUACACACGAUAGGACCAGAGACUCUGCUAGCGCUGUGGCCAACCGCAAGCAUGCCACCGAGUUGUCACAGAAUCAUGGCCUAGUACCUGAUGGGAACGUGCCACAGACGUCCAGUAGCAGAGCCCCGCUAGAUAACCGUUAUCAGUUUACCUGGCAGGAAGUCGGAGUCAUUUUAGACGCCUUGUGUCUGAGGAUUCUGGGAGUUUUCGUACUGGCUUUGACCCUGAUUGUUCUUCUGACCAUGGUCAUCGGAGGGUCAGUUUGCUUAUUGUUUGUGUUUGUGUUUUUUCCUAUUUUUUUUUUUUAUUGUUUGUGUUUUUUCGUAUAUGUUUGUGUUUUUACGUAUUUGUUCAGUAUUCUUUGUUUUGUCUUUUUCACAUGUAUUUGUAUUGUUUGUAUUUGGUUUUUUGUAUAUGUUUGUAUUCUUUGUGUGUUUGGGUUUUUCGUAAAUGUUUGUAUUUUUGUGUUUUUCGUGUUUGUUUGUAUUGUUUGUGUUUUUUAUAUGUUUGUGUUGAUUGUAUGUUUAGGUUUUUCGUAA